CCCCUCUCUGAUUUUUCUCCCGUUCUUCGCCGAAACAAGUCGUCGCUCGCUCGCUCUCUCGCGCGGAUCGCCAUCGAUGGAUCGGCUCCAACUUCUCCUCGUAGGUUUUCCCAUCCUCCUCUUCUUCUCCGACGUCGUCAAUCUCUUCUCCGCCCCGCCUCCGCCGCCUCCUCCCAAACACUCCUCGCGCCUCCACCACCACCACCAUCACCAUCAACACCCGCCUCACGUCCAUACCCAGAUCCCCGAUUUCCCCACCAACUCGCAGAGUCCCCUGAUCGGCGGGCUUGGUUAUGGCACUAGGGUUGACCUGAAGUUCUGUGUUUCCUGUUCUUACAAGGGUACUGCAAUGACAAUGAAGAAAAUGCUGGAAACCUUUUAUCCUGGGAUUGACGUAGUAUUAUCUAAUUACCCACCAGCUUUCCCAAAGCGUGUGCUGAGCAAAGUUGUUCCUGUUCUUCAAAUAGGAGUUGUUGCAGUUAUAACAGCAGGUGAUCAGAUAUUCCCUAGAUUAGGCAUGGUUCCACCACCAUGGUACUAUACUUUGCGUGCCAAUAGAUUUGGCUCCAUGGCGUCAGCAUGGCUACUUGGCAAUUUCUUGCAAUCCUCUCUGCAGAGUUCUGGUGCAUUUGAAGUUUAUUGUGAUGGUGCAUUGGUCUUCUCGAAACUGCAAGAGCAGAGAUUCCCCAGCGAGUAUGAGCUGAAGGACUUAAUUGAAAAGAGACUACCUGGUUCUUCAUUUGGAAGCAACCCCGGAAGAGUUGUAUUGUAAUGAUUCUUGCAUACACAACAACCGCCUGAUCGAGAAGGGCCAAAACUCACUAAUGUGGAUGUAACAUAAAUUCUCGACUUCAGAGAUUUAUCACGCUACUGCAUAAUGUUAGUUUCUUACACUUGUUACUAUUCUGGAAUAAUUGUUUAGAAAAUGCAUCGUCUUUCAUGCUUACAAGUGAUUAAAGCUUUGGUUAAAACCCAUGGACUGUGUCAAACCGGAUAGAUCUGACCGAUGGACCGGAAAGGAGCUAAUCAGGUCUAGUCUGGUCUACCUCAUGUGGUGUAGUUAAUCAGGUCUAGUCUGGUCUACCUCAUGUGGUGUUAUUUUCCUGCUAUUAACAUAUCCCUUCUAGGGUUAUCAUUUAUUUGUUUA